AUGGCUUCAAUAUUACCAAAACCAAAUAAAACGCGUUUAGCACAAUUAGCGGAAUUAUCAGCUAAAAUUUUUAAUAAUGUAUACAAUCCAAAGGGGGAAAGAACAGGAAACAAAAUACUUCGUCAGAAACUUAUAGGUCCUACGAUAGUUGAAUGGUAUCCGAAAAGAAUAAUAACUUUACGUAAAAUUACUGAUAUGUUUCCAAGCAUGAAAUUAGUUGAUCAAGAAGAAAAAUUACGGUUGGAAGAAAUUGCUAAGAGAAAGAAACGUGGUAAAGGUGCGCCAAAAAAAGGUAAAGGAAAGAAUGCUUCUCUUGCAAAGAAGAGAAAAUAA